AUGGCAACUUUCAACCUCACUUUCUCUGACUCUACAACAUUCACCCUUAUAGGCAUCCCUGGCCUGGAAGCUGCCCACAUGUGGAUUUCAAUCCCGUUCUUUGUAUGUUACAUUAUCAGUCUGUUGGGAAAUUUCACGGUUCUGGCUCUUGUCGGCAAAGAUCAGACUCUGCACAAGCCAAUGUACCUGCUGCUCUCCAUGCUGGCACUCACGGACAUUUCCACAUCUACCUGUGUUGUUCCAAAGGCCCUGUGUAUAUUUUGGUUUAAUUUGAAAGACAUUACACUGGGGGGUUGCCUGACUCAGAUGUUCUUUCUUAAUACGGUUUUAGUUACGCAAUCAGCCGUCCUGGUGGCAAUGGCCUUCGAUCGCUACGUUGCCAUAUGUAACCCUCUGAGAUACACCACCAUCCUCAGCAAUGCACGGGUAGCAAAGCUAGGCCUAGUGUGUUUCAUAAGAGCUGUUUUUUUCAUUCUGCCCAUGCCCCUGCUCCUAAGCAGGCUGCCGUUCUGUUCCGGCCACAUUAUCCUCCACACGUACUGUGAUAGCAUAGCUGUGAUGAAGCUGUCUUGUGGGGACACUGCCUUAGACAGAACGCACAGCUUGGUGUUACUGAUUUUGAUCACAGGGCUAGACCAGAGUCUCAUUGCCCUGUCCUAUAUUCUGAUCAUAAGGGCCGUCCUCCGACUAUCCUCCACAAAAGCUCUUUGUAAAGCCCUCAACACCUGCACAGCCCACCUCUGUGUGAUGCUGUUAUAUUGGACUCCCAGCUUCUUCUCCAAUGUAUCACAGCGGUUCGCUCAGAACAUCGCUCCCCAUGUAAACAUCAUUUUGGCCAACGUUUAUCUCCUCGUCCCCUCCAUGCUCAAUCCCAUCAUUUAUGGAUUCCAGACGAAAGAGCUCCGUGGCAAAAUUUGGAAAUGUGUCUGCAGAAAAUGA